AUGGUUGUCUUGACCCGACAAAAAUGGUUUCCAAAACCAUUCACCGUAGACAUAGGAGAGACAACUUUGACGUCGACAAGGGCCUUGCGCUACCUGGGAGUAAUGAUAGAUGAGAAGCUAUCCUUCCGUGAACAUCUCGAUAAUGCAUGCAUAAAAGCUAGCAAGACGAGAUAUGGGCGGAUAUCCUCAAGCAAAAAAACAUAUCGGCGCAAAAUAGCUUCAGUGCAAAGACGAGGAGCUCUAAGAGUUACCUGUGCCUAUCGCACGGUCUCUGAAGCAGCUGUAUUGGUAAUAGCAGGAGCCAUACCAAUUGACUUGCUAGCAUUCGAGAGAGUGAAACUCUACGACGCUAAAUUAGGUGGCGACAAUUCCAGAGAAACAAGGUCGCGAAUUAAAAAUGAAACGCUACAAGAGUGGCAAAAUCGGUGGACGUCAGGAGAGACGGGCAGAUGGACGGCGCGCGUCUGA